CUCUUGAUCACUAAAGCUCCUCCCACAGCCAUUGACCAAUGAAUGCUGGAAUAUUCCCAUCAGUUUACAAGUGAAGACGAGCAUCAAAGCAUCAGGAACAGCUGAAAUCUUUUAUGAGCUUAUGAAAGAAGAUGAGAGAUCCAGAACCCUGCAGAAUCAAACACACUGAAGAUACUGAAGAACAAACAGAGCUGAUGGAAGAGAACGAGGAGAGUGAAGAACUGAGUGAAGUGGAGGAGAUAAAUCAUGACAAACCUGGAGAAAAACCUUUGAUGCUUUUAAAGAAAACAAGAGCCAAGAAAUCUUUCACCUGCACCCAGUGUGGAAAGAGUUUCCCGUACCAAAAACAUCUUGAGAUUCACAUGAGAGUUCAUACUGGAGAGAGACUGUUCACUUGUGAUCAGUGCGGGAAGAGCUUCAGAGGAAAACAAAGUCUUGAGAUUCACAUGAGAGCUCAUACAGGAGAGAAGCUGUUCAUGUGUGUUCAGUGCGGGAGGAGUUUCACAAUAAAAAAAACAUCUUCGCCGACACAUGUGGAUCCACACUGGAGAAAAGCCACACGUAUGUGAUCAGUGCGGGAAGAGUUUCACAGAAUCAUCAUGUCUUAAAGGACACAUGAGGAUCCACACCGGAGAGAAGCCGUUCACAUGUGAUCAGUGCGGAAAAAACAUUUUUUUGUGGCAUCAGCUCUGAAGACACACUUGAAUGUUCAUGUGAAGGAGAAGCUGCAUUCAUGUUCUGAAUGUGGAAAGAGUUUUUCACGUCUGCAAUAUU